GUAAACUGACGAACAUCGUUCUUCCCGGCAAACACGUACGGUAGGUACUAUAUGCUACCCAGCUACAUACAUGUCUCGAAUCGAAUCGAGUAUAUAUACCUAGAGGCUAGCUCCUGGUCGGAGAUCAACCGCUGCAGUGAUGUGGGCAGCGGUAUGUAAUGUAUGUAUGUAGGUAUGUGGGUCAGUAUGUGUGUAUGGAUGUGUGGAGAUGUAUGGAUGUAUGGAUGUACCUCGUCGUCACGGCGGAAGUACAUUGGGUAGUACGUACGUACGUACCUGUGUACGCCUUGUAUACUAUCUAUGUGCCGACCACAACGAUUCAUUCAUUAAUCCUCCCACCCUACCCAUCCUGGCAGAAAGAACUUAGAAGGAGAUUGACGAAAUCGGGAACGGGCAUCGUGGUGAUAAUUCGUAGUAUGUAGUUUCUUGCUCGGUGCGUAGGUAUGAUACGUCCUUCUUCCGGCUUUCAGCUUCCCUCG